AUGCUGCUUACCGUGCAACGUUCUCUUCAUGCUUGGGCUCAACCCAUCUAUCAGAAUUUUCACUAUAGUCUGAAAGCAAGAAACUAUCUGCUGCAAUUGCGAUGUCUGAGAAGAGGGUUUACUGUACUUGCGUUGGAGAGCUCGGCAGAUGAUACGUGUGCUGCUGUUGUCACUUCUGAGAAGCGGAUUUUGUCGAAUGUCGUUAUUAGCCAGCGGAAGAAUGUUGAAACGCACGGAGGGAUAGAACCGUUCGUUGCUAUUCAGGAACAUCAGAGGAAUAUGCCUGUAGCAGUCCGUCGAGCACUGCAAGAAGCUCAGCUCGACAUGUCUCGUAUCGACGGUAUUGCAUUCACCCGAGGGCCCGGGAUGGCCGGUUGUCUGAGUGUAUGUUCGAACGCUGCAAAGACACUUGCUGCUGCACUUGGAAAGCCGCUUGUUGGUGUACAUCAUAUGCAAGCACACGCACUAACACCAAUCCUAACCUCCACAACACCCUCAUCAACACCUACCUUCCCCUUCCUAACACUCCUCAUCUCAGGAGGACACACUCUCCUCCUUCUCGCGCUAUCGAAUUCGAAGUUUAGGAUUUUGGCGACGACGAGAGACGAAGCUGUUGGGAGGGCGAUUGAUAAAGUUGCGAGAGAGUUGAGGGUGGAGUUGCGGGGGAGGGCACCUGGGGCUGCGCUUGAGGUGUUUUGUCGGGAUGGUUUUGGUGGAGACAAGAAAUGUGGGAAGGAGGAGGAGAACGUACCGCAUGUGGAACCGCUGAAAGUUCCUUUCAAAGGAGAGUUGGCAUUCUCGUUUGCGGGGCUGCAUAGCGCAGUGGACCGUUACAUCUUACAACAUGGAAAAGACAAAACCCGACUCCAGCUACCCUACCCGCAUCGGCUCGCGAUAGCUCGUACAUUCCAAGAUGCUGCUUUUGCGCAGUUGGAAGAGAAGGUGAUCCUUGCGUUGCGUUGGUGUGCAGACAACUCGCAAAUACCAGUGAAGCAUGUUGUCGUUAGUGGAGGUGUCGCUAGUAACUUACUUUUCCGCGAAAGAUUACAGGCGUGCCUAUCGAAGAACUUCCCAGACGACGAGCUCUCUCUGGUAUUCCCUCCACCAGCACUUUGCACAGACAAUGCAGCGAUGAUCGCGUGGGCAUCCAUGCAUCGAUUCUUAGCAGGCGAAUCAGACGACUACUCCAUCGAACAUAGAGCAAAGUGGUCUAUUGAAAAACUCGACGCUUCAUAA